UAAACAGUCCACAUGGCCCUGAAAAAGUACCACCAAUCAAACCACAUGCUCAUGUGCACUGCCAUGAUAACCUAAAAUCUCACAGACCUUUAUUUUUCUAGAGAACAUGACACAAAAUAAUACCUUCUGAAAUUCAAAAAUAUGAAAUCUUACUGCUGGAUAUGCUUAUUUUUCCUAAUGGUUCCUAAGUGUGUAACUUUCUUCUUGAGGAGGUACUUGGAAAGUGUACCAGUUACUGGUUACGCUCAUGUUCAAGCCUUCAAUAUCACCAACAAAUCUCUGUUCUGUGAGUACUUCAAAUUUCAUGACAUCAUUCAUAUAAUAUUCUCUCUUCAUCCCAAGAUAGAAGUUCCCAAGCACAGCCAUGAUCUUGUUGCUUGCAGUUUCUGCUGGAUCUCCCUAUCUGUUAUAUUGAACAGUGAACAAUUUUUUGUAGACAUAUAUGUUCACAUAGUCUACAGUCUCCUCAACAGCAGUCACAUAAACCAUCAUGUGGUGCAGAAUUUUCGUCUGUAGUUCUCUUGCAGCUGCUGCUGGCCCAGGCUAAAUUUCUGGUAUGUUCUUACUUACAGUUAAACUCAAUUAAAAGAAUAAUUUUUUACUCCGUGUUAUAUCUUCCAAUGUACCAAUUACUGCCUUGCCUUAUACAGCUGCUCGUAGUCUCCAAGUAUGCUCCCCAGUCUUACUUGAUUCGGAAUCACUACUCAUGGGCUGGGGUGGCUCAUUCUGUACAGCAAUGGGUUAUGGGCUGAAUGGCCUAGGCUCAAUUUCCAGGAGUGCAAUAUUUCUCUCUUCUCCAUAGUGUUCCAAGGCCAAGAAAGUGCAGCGACAACUUUACCUUACCACUAUGAGUGAUAAUCUAACCAUCCCACUGACUCAGUGUCCCUUCCAGGGCAUUAUGACCCUGUUGUCAGGUAAUUCCAGAAUUGUUCUGUUACAUUUUGCCCUUAAAAGUAACAUUGUCAAAUUUUCCAUUUCAAAGAUACUUCAAACAGCUACAAAGUAAACCAUGAAAAGGCAAAAGUUUACUUACAUGUACUGGUGUGCUGCAAGCGACUCUUACAUCAAGCGUAACAUCUCUACCAUAAAUAACGCACACAGUACACCACCACACCCACUUCAAUGUUAAUGUAAAACUAUCAGUACUACACUACGUUAAGAAUGAAAGAUACGAGUAUGUGCGGUUUAUUUGAUGGCGAAAAAUAAUUUCGUCUCAAUCUUCAAGCAAUCGGUUUGAAUUUUUAAGGUAAAUAAGGAUCUAUAACGUUAAAAUACAAGACGUGUUUCUAACCUAUGUAACGUCAUACUAAUAACAAAUCAGAUUCAUAUUGCAACUAGAAACAACUUACAUAUAUCACAGUGUCCUAGUUACAAUGUAAAUACAAAAUAAAACUUUACAUAUAAGUGGUUUUCGCCGUUUUCUGGUACUAAUGCAAGAUUCGAUAUGUCAUACCCUGUUCCAUAUCAUACACGCCCACUGCAACUCUGUGACCUUUCAACAUGUUCCGGAGUAUGGCGCAAUUCUGUUAGCCAUAUAAAACGGAUGAGAAGACACUUUAUAUCAUGGACAGUUCUGAUGUUCUGAGCAUAUGUGUGUUUAAUCAGUGAGAAAUUCUGUUCGGGCAUCUUCACUGUUUCAGUAGCAGCAAGAGAAAACCAGUGUUUCAGUCUGGUGAUUGUGGAGCUGUUCUCCCCUCACCCCUCCACAAUGGCUUCUGGGAAACAUUUUACAGAUUUACCAGAUGAGCUGUUGCUGAUAAUUUUCUCAAACUUGAGUAUUGAAGACCUUGCAAUGUCUGUACAACAUGUUAAUUCACACUGGAAGAAUGUCUCACAAGAUGAUUCACUAUGGGAAUACCAAACCUUUAGUCCUGGGUGCAAGAUGAGCGAUGAGGAAAUAUCAAGACAUCUAAGGAAUAUGCCAGCACUACGAUCGUUCUGUCCAAGUAGAGGAACAAACACGAAAGUCGUUGAUACACUGUGCAAAUAUUGUAGAGAUAUUCGACACAUAUACUUUGGAUAUUUCCACAAGCUGAGUAAUUCAACAUUGCAUCAGAUUCUUAAAAAAUUUCCCCAUAUAGAGGAGCUCGUUAUCCCUCUUCCCAAAGUAACAGAUCAAUUACAUUUUGCAGAGCUAGUUGCACAGUUUCAAAAACUGACAACAUUAACUUUUACCAGCCACUGUCUUUCCACAGUUGCAAGUGGGGUACUCAGAGCAAUUGCUGAUGGAUGUCCAUCUCUACAAUGCGUAGAUAUGGGAUUCACUAAAUCCCAAACUAAAGACAUUGAAUAUUUUCUGGAGAAAAAGGGGCGACAGCUUUCAUCUUUCUCAGUUAGAAGCUACAUAUCAACUGUAGCUCACAAGCUCUUAACAGAAUGUUCAAAUUUGGAAUCUCUCACUUAUCACAAUUUAAAUGUAGAUCUGCCAAAUACAUACAUACAAUCUCUCUCAAAAUUGUCAGAAAUGCGCAAGUUGGUACUUAGGUAUUUUAGAGAAUGUCAAACACGAAAUGUAUCCAGUAUAUUUAAGAAUCAGUCAAUGUCUAAAUUAAUUACUUUAUACUUAUAUGACUCUGAUGAUUUUGAUGGUUCAUCAUUAGCUGUGAUUUUGACAAACUGCCCUCAACUCCAAAGACUUGCUGUUCAUGAGUGUGGACUUACAGAUGAUGGUUUCCAGUAUACUGGUCCCUGUAAGAAUCUACAAUAUCUUGAUAUUUAUCGUUGUAUAUUAAUAACAGACAAAAGCAUGGAAUAUGUUGGUGCUCAAUGUCCAAACCUCAGGCAUCUUUAUGUUGCACAUUGCUACCAGCUGACAAACAAAGGCAUUGAAUAUGUUUGCUUAGGCUGUCAGAAACUGAAGUACCUUAGUAUUCAAAGUUGUCCUAAAAUAACAGAUGAUGUGAUGGAACACAUAUUCAAAUGCAAACAGCUGGAGGUUCUUGAACUUUCACACACUUCUCAUCUAUUAGGAAUUAAUUUUCAUCUGAUUCCAUCCACUCUUGUCCAUUUGACAGAACUCCAUGUUCAUGAUUGUAGUUCAUUGGAUAAGAAAUGUAUGGACAAACUUAAAGACGAAAUGCCACAUCUGUUAAUUGCAGGAAUUUAUACCAGGAAUGAGGAAACUGAUGUUAACCUAGCCGAUGCAAAUUUCUUCAUUUCUCAGUUACUGUGAAAAUGGUGUGUGUAGUGAAGUAAAAUGUGGUGGUCUACAAAACAUGUAAUCCUGAAGAAAAAUUAUUUCUGCGAAAUAAUCUACACUAUAUAUAUAAAUAAUCAUUCUGAAGUCAGUUGUUUGAAUAUAGUUAGAUUUCUUGUUUUUAUCUAUACAUUAUAUGAUGUUUUACUUCCUUAUAAUGAGUUCAGAAUUAUGGACACAUUCUUUUCAGAGACUGAAAUUGUAUGUGAAUGCACAUUUGCUCAUUGUAAUUUUUCAAUAAAAACAAACAUGAAACAGAAAAUUAGCACUUUGAAAACCGGUAGCAUAAUAUUAUGCUUUUCGCUUUUAAACUUGGCAGACCGGUUGCAUAAUAUUAUGAUUUUAGGACAUGUUAUGUUGAAACACACUAUACCUUGUACUGGCGCCAGGCAGAUGCAUGACUGGUGCGUGAUAGACCUCUUGAAUGUUUGCUUCGUAGUCAGCAACAUGACCCAACUGUUUUCCUU